CAAGAAAUCAAGAAAAUGUGCGUCAAGUAGAGAAGCUGGCUGCCUAUAGAGAAGCAGACAGCUAGCUAGAUACCUGCUGCUAGUGCCCAUUAUCCUGCACAUCACUAUUACCCUGGACUGGAGCAUGCAUGCAUAUGCAAUAGCAGGCUAGCUGCUGGUUACUGCCCUCCUCCUCGACCGUGUCUCCUUAAGUCCUUAUAACCUCACCUCACCUGGCCUCGUCUCAGCUCAGCUCUGUCCGAAGCAGCAGCAGCAGCUUUUCUUGCACUCAUCCAGCAUAUGGCGGCCACGGUGAUGACGACAACGACGAGCAAGGCAGGGAGAAAGAGCCUGAUCUCAAGAACCCUGCAGCGGUGCAAGUCCGGGCUGAGCGCCGGUGGCGGCGGCUCAUGCGGCCGGUCGUCAACAUCGUCGCCGCCGGGGUGCUUCUCGGUGUACGUGGGCGCCGAGCGAGAGCGGUUCGUGGUGCGCGCCGAGUGCGCCAACCACCCUCUGUUCCGGCGCCUCCUGGACGACACGGAGCGCGAGUACGGGUACGCGGCGCAGGGCCCGCUCGCGCUGCCCGGCUGCGACGUCGACUCCUUCCUCGACGUGCUGUGGCAGAUGGAGCGCGCUGACGGCGCCAACGAGGAGGUCGCCGCGGCCUCCUCGCCGAUGUGCGGCCUGCACAGCGGCAGCAAGGGCCGCGCUGCCGGGUACCGGAUGCUGUCGUCGCCGCCGAUGGUUGGCAGGAGGAGGUGAGAGAGAGCAGAAAGACAAGGAUUACCUACUAACAAACACAUCAUGAUUAGUGAGCUAAUGGUGCUGUAGGAAUUCUGGUACGUAGCGUAGUACUAGUUCUCUACUGCUAAUCUGCUAUGACGACUAAGUGUCAUCCAUAGCAGAAUCGUUGGCUUUCUGCUCAUGAUCAUACUAUGUUCAUGCA